CCUCAGCAGUUGCCGACCGACUUCUGCCCAUAUCUCCUGCACUGACAUCUUCUGAUGGAACUGUAACGGAUGGACGCCAACAGCCAAUGGCCGUCGACUAUUCCAGCUCGAUGUAUCUUCAACCUCCUCCAGUUGCGUCAUAAGCCAUGUACGCUCCCGCUUCAGCUAACGUGGCUGCCGCUUACGCAGCUCCUGUUCAGGUCCCUGCUGUUGUUGCUGGCCAGGGCGUUGCACCCCAACAAUAUGCCGUUUACCCCGCUGGAUACGGAGCUGCUGGCCCGCAGUUCGUCCAAUACGCCGGUGCUCCGCAGAUGUCUGAUGGGACUUGGGUGAUGCAAUACGUCGGAGCUGGACAAGCUGUUGCUGCUGGUGCGCCUUACUCGCCAACAGAAAACGAUAAAGAGGCGGUUGUCGAUGGAUUUGCAGUACCGUUCCAACUGAAGCGUAUGCGUGUAGUUUGACUGCAGUGAUCGCGCACAGUUCUUACUCUUAAUUUUACAUUAUUUAAUUCGCCUGAAUAAUUGACCUUACUAUAUCUACUUGACACAAUCAAUUUGCUAA